ACUUCAAAGGUGAGUAUUGCUCCAUAGUUAAAUGUUCAUACAUAUACAUUUUAAUAGAAGUAAGAAUGACUUCGAAUCUUCUCCUACUUUCCUCUUGUCUUCAUCCUCUUCAACGAAGCUUCCUCAACUUAAUUCCUCCCCAACCAUAUCCAUCCAUCUAUCUAUAUAUAUAUGCAAUCCUCUACUAAUCUAAGAAAAAGAGAAACAUAUUCAAAAGCAUCCAAAUCCAUCUCUGCUGCAUGCCAAUCCACGAACCCAAACCUCUCUCCAAAACACAGUCUUCAUGGUUGCCGCAGCAACAUCAAAUCAAAAUCACUCCUUUCUCCACAAACUCUUUUCCAUGCUUUCUCCAAAGAAACAGACUCAUCUUCAUGUCCCCAACCCUAUCCCAAAGCUCUCACCUCCAACAAAUCAGGAAGCCGACAUGGCUCGAGUCAUGUCGCGUUUCGACGAAGAUGGCGACGGAAAGAUCUCUCCCGCCGAGCUCCGGAACUGCAUGCUUGCGUUAGGAGAGCAGUUUUCGAUGGAGGAAGCCGAGGCGGCGGUGGAGUCCGCCGACUCGGACGGAGAUGGAUUGCUUGGGUUGGAAGAUUUCAUGAGGUUAGCAAGAGGUGAAGGAGAGGAGGAGAAGGGGAAUAACUUGAAGGAGGCGUUUAGGGUUUAUGAGUUGGAAGGAGAAGGGUUUAUUACUCCUAGGAGUUUGAGGGAGGCGUUGGGGAGAUUGGGGGAGAGGAGGACAGUGGAGGAAUGUGAAGUUAUGAUAAGGAGGUUUGAUGUGGAUAGAGAUGGGGUUCUGAGUUUUGAUGAGUUUAAGAUGAUGAUGAUUUAGAAUUAAUGGAGAUUGUUAGGAAU